AUGUCUUCACAAACAAAUAACACCACCAUCGAAAAUCUUCAACGAGCUUACAAAGCUGUUCUUCUCCAGAUUGUUCGCAAUUUAGAGAAAUAUGAGCAAGAGGAGCUUCGUUUUUUUUUCGACGAGCUUAUUAGUAGGAGAAAACCUGGUGCUUUAAGCAUUAUGUCUUCGUUAGAAAACGCGGGAAAGAUCUCUUGGAGCGACGUAUCUUUUCUAAAGGAAGGUUUGGAGGAAGUAAAGAGGCUGGAUCUUGUAGAGAAGUUGACGGUAUUCGAGGUCAAGAGAAAUUUGACAGUUCUUCUUGAUUUCUACGCAAGAAAGAGGCAAGGGAUGGAAUUAUGCUACCAAUCUGUUCCUGAUCCCGUGAAAAGGGUCGCAGGAUAUUUGUUGAAAAUUACCAGAGAGGUCUUUCAAGACGGAUUCGAUGUUAGUGAGAGGGUCAGAUCUUUGUUGGGGGAGUCGAAAGAAGAUGCCAAGAAUCUGAUGCGUGAGUUUGAAGAGAAAUGUGAUCAAGAACUGUAUGAUCCAUGGAGUAAGCUAACUCUUUUUAUCGUCAUCAGCGGUGAAAUUCUUGCCGUCGCUUUGGCGAAUGAAGAGCAUCACCAGAAGCAGGAAGUAAUGAAGCUGCUCUCCACAGCGGCUGAAAGUCUCUGCUCUCGGAUAUUGAAACUGGGAAACUGGGUAAGUUAAAGUGAAUUUAAUUAGCCGAGUAAUCAACAAUUUUUACUAUUGAUACUGAUUUCAGGCCUAGUUUAAUAAAUGGUAGUCUCUUGUUGUUUUUGAUGAAGGAUAUUAUAAACCCCGGCUCAUAAAUAAUUAAAACACACUCCGUCUUUGAGGUGAUUGGUUUUAAUGAAACACGUGAUGUGAAUCGAAAAUCGAAAGUAGAUAUGGAAAGGGGAACGCGUUGCGACCUGCAUGAGGAUACCACGACACUAUAAUAUUUCGGAUUCUUCGGGCUUCAGUAGUGUUAGUUCCCCACAUUUGACAAAUUUUACGAUCAAAAGGAAGCGUUGACGUCUUGUCCGCGAGUUAAAAAGAAAGCGACUAAAAAUGCAUCUCCCAUUAAGGGAAACAGCUGAAACAGGAAGUCGUUCAGGCAUGCAGUCUUGAUUUACAUCAAGCUAGAGGUGUCAGAAGUGUUACGCAGGGAUCUGACUGGCUUGUGGUAGCCAAUGUUCUUAUGAUCCUUUGAUGUCGGCUCUUCAGGACACGUUUCCUGCACUAUGACAAUAUGCCAUACUGUUUCGGUGGAUUCACCCCACGAUCUGCACAUGCAUUGGUGUCUCAGCUGUCUUAUCCAUGCUGUGCUUGACCGAAUUUGUUCUUACAGCUUGUUCUUGAGCAGCGAGGAUCAAGCCCUCUGUUUCCUUCUUCAAAAAGCCAUUCUUGAGCCAUCCCAAGCCAGGACUCCUUUCCAGCCACAUCUGAAGUUUGCCAAGCAAACUCUCCUUGUAGGGCUUUUUCCCUCCAGUUGCUUAGUUUCUCCUCUUUCCUUCUCCUCUUGUAGUCCCGAAGAUUCGCUUCUUCACUGAACAAGCACCUUCUCCUUCAACACCAUCUGCUGCAUCUACUGGCCGUGCUAUUCCUCAGGUAGCCAUGCAAGGAUUUGCACUCCUCCUUAACACACCCCAACUAACAAUAUUAAUAUUAACAAUAAUAAUAAUAACAGGAGCCGAUUACUACUACUACCACUAAUAAUAAUAAUACAAAAAUAACUUUAUUCAUAGAUUAAAAAAAAUAGACUUUUUACAGAUUCAAGAAUAUGAAUAUUAAAAUAUAUACCCUAUGUACAUUCUUCUUGUGUACGAAAGAGAACUGUCGUAAAAUGACUAUCUAAAAACUACUAAUAACAAUUAUAAAAAGCAUCAAAAAGUUAAUACAAAAAUAAAACUAUCUAAAAAUAAUUCAAACUGAUAAAAAGUUACUGCUUAAAUUCUGGCUGGCGCACUUUCCGAUGUAAUGUCAAUGUCAGAUAUAUUGACUGCUCUUCUCUUUCUCCUGGUUCCUCUGAGACACAGCAAGGCUGAUCGUAGGAUGGCAAAGGAUACUUUCGCCCUUAUCCAAGAUAUGGUUGUAGCGAAGUCAUCUCCUUUCUUUAACGCAAGUAGCUCUGCGAGGCGGCUAUGGAAUCUCUUGCAUUCAUCGGCCAUUCCACCUGUGCUUGUAAAGACUAAUGGUGUGAAUGUCCCUUGCUCCACUUCCGAAACCCGCCUGCUGUAUUGCCUCUUCUUCUCAUUUUCAUGUAGUAUAAUAAUAAUAAUAAUAAUAAUAAUAAUAAUAAUAAUAAUAAUAGUAAUAAUAAUAAUAAUAAUAAUAAUAAUAAUAAUAAUAAUAAUAAUAUUAAUAAUAAUAAUAUUAUUAUUAUUAUUAUUAUUAUUAUUAUUGUUCUCUGAGGUAAGGUGUAAAAUAUGGCGGGAAAUUCUUUUUGACCUAUGUUUUUGUUUCUCUGUUUUUUUCUUUUUCAGGAAGAGUUUUGCGACCUUGUGACAAAACGGUACCAUCUUGUUUAUAAUCAGGAGAACGCAGUGUCGGAUACAGAAGCUACCAGCCAAACCACCAAAAAGGAGAUAGCGAACGUAGUCCAACACUUUAAGCAGGCCAACUUUUUCUCCAAAGAAAAGGCUUUUAAACCCCGGUGUUCAUAAGCGACGGGGUAGGAGUCGUAAUUGAAUUCAUAGGAGCGCAUAUGACCUAUUGAAAAUGAAACAUCGGAAGUGUAAGAGGAGUGAUAAGCUCCACCUAAUCGGAUAUGAGGAAACAGAAUGCCUUCAUUCGUUGUUCUCUCUCCAUGGUAAGCUCUACGCUUUUAAUUCUGAUGACGACUCCAACCCCACCGCUGGCGAAGACCAUCCUUACUUGUUCUUUUCUCAUUUCAAGUGGUCCACCUUAAAGUAGUGAAUAGUAACAACUAAUCUCAACAAUAGAAAAACAACAAG